CAUUGCGCAAGAAACAAAACAACUAUGGCGGACGCGGCUACAUUUCAACCAGGAACUGGAGUAGCUCCUGCUACUUUAGUUGAGUUAUCUAUAUCCUGCCGAAAACUUAUUGAUGCUGAUGUAUUUUCAAAGUCUGAUCCAAUGUGUGUCCUGUAUAUGAUGGAUGAAAGAAAUAGAGGAUCAUGGAGGGAGUUUGGAAGAACAGAAAUUAUCUGGAACAACUUAAACCCAGACUUUGUCAAAAAGUUUGUACUGCAUUACUACUUUGAACAAAGUCAGAAAUUAAAGUUUGAAAUAUAUGAUGUGGACUCUAAAAGUGCUGAUUUGUCAAAACAUGAUUUUCUCGGUGGCAUGGAGUGCUCGCUUGGUGAAAUCGUGUCAGCUGGAACCAAGAUGAGUAGACGACUACAAGGCCCAAAGAAAGACAGCGGUAAUAUCAUUGUUGGUGCCGAGGAACUGAGUAGCUGUAAGGAACAAGUACAUUUUCAAUUUCGUGCCCACAAGCUAGAUAAAAAAGACUUUUUCGGAAAGUCUGAUCCAUUUCUCACGUUCCUCCGAGCUAAUGAAGAUACCUCGUACACAGUUGUACAUAGAACUGAGGUGAUAAAAAAGACUCUUAACCCCACCUGGCGGCCAUUUAUACUUCCUGUGAGAUCCCUGUGUAAUGGUGACUACGACAGGAGUAUAAAGGUACAGUGUCAUGACUGGGAUGCUGAUGGCGGUCAUGAUUUCAUUGGAGAAUUCACAACAACACUGAGGGAACUAAGUCGAGGUCCCAGCGAUAAAAAUGUGUAUGAGUGCAUCAGUGAAAAGAAAAGGAAAAAGAAAGGCUCUAAAUAUCAGAAUUCAGGGACGGUGGAGCUUAUGAGCUGUAAGAUAGAGAAAGUCUACACAUUUUUGGAUUAUGUAAGAGGAGGGACACAGUUACACUGUACGUUUGCAGUAGAUUUUACAGCGUCUAAUGGUGACCCCAAAUCACCCGCCUCGUUACACUACAUGAACCCCUACAAACCUAACCCCUAUGCUACUGCCUUGAGGUCUGUGGGUAACAUUAUACAGGAUUAUGACACGGACAAGCUUUUUCCAGCCCUCGGAUUUGGUGCCCGAUUACCACCAGAUGGCGUUGUUUCUCAUGAGUUUGCAUUGAAUGGUAACCCCACCAACCCUUACUGUCAAGGUAUAGAUGGUGUAUUGGAUUCCUACAACAAAGCUCUCUACUCAGUCCAACUCUAUGGCCCUACUAAUUUUGCUCCCUGUGUCAACCAUGUGGCAAAGUUUGCCAUGGCGAAGCGCACUGGUGACGACUACUUCAUCCUGCUUAUCAUUACAGACGGAAUCAUCACGGACAUGCCUCAGACUUGUGAGGCUAUAGUUAAUGCUGCCAGUCUUCCAAUGUCCAUCAUCAUUAUAGGGGUUGGAGAUGCUGAUUUUGAAGCUAUGGAAGUAUUGGAUGGUGAUGAUGUCAGGCUGACUUCACGAGGAAAGGCUGCAGAGAGAGAUAUCGUACAGUUUGUUCCUCUGCGUAAUUUCCUUGGGCGUUCCGGAGACAAUCCAGCAGCAGUACAGGCACGAUUAGCCAAGGAAGUACUGGAAGAGAUUCCAGAUCAGUUCCUAUCUUAUAUGAAGUCUCGAAACAUCAAACCCAAACCUCCGAUGAUGCGUCAGCUCUCCAUCUCUUCCAUGACAUCACUUCCUGCCUCUGAGCAAUGAAAGUGAUAUCACCAAAUCCUACAUGAUCUGCUAUUCAAUGAUGUCAUGCUAGCAGUUCUGUUGGUGAUAGCCUAUCAGUCUGUAACAUAACCCAGGAUUAUUGUUUAUGAACCAGAAUGCAUCAUUGAGAUACAUAGAUAUACUUUAAAAUCAUCUGUUAUUGUGGGCGUAGUAUUUUUGUUCAAUUCCUGGUUACUCGUAAUUCGCAAAUUCAUGUCUACGAAUUAGUGAAUUGCUUCAUAUUUUAAAUGAAUAUAUGAUAAAUAUUGGGUGAUUACAUGUGUACCAGUAAUCCACAAAAUUAAGUGCUCUCAGAAUAAUGGGUUUUUUUAAAUGAAUGAGCUCCACAAAAAUAAAAAUAUCCUGCAAUGAAAAAUGAGUCUGCAACACUAGGUGAUUGAUUAGAUAUUUAAUAGCAAACUUCACAUUUUAUGAAAAUCAGUAGCAAAACAUAUGAUAGUUAAUUGUGCUAAAUAAAAAAAUCAUACUUAUAUUUUUGGUCUUUUAUAAAAAGGGGGUAACUUCGAAUUUCAUUUAGAAAAUUUUUUAGAUAAAUCUUUUGAUGCUGAUUGUUCUCUCGUUUCUACCUCAGACUUUUAUUUACUCUUUAACCUUCAUAAAUCUUUCAUCUUGUUUAUAGAUAUUAAUGAAACAAGUGUGGAACGCAUUAUAUAAGAUAUUUUCAUUUCGUAGUUAGCAAUAAUUACAACCUACUCUAAGUACUUUCUGAUAUAUUAUUAGUGAAAAAACUAAAUCAUUUUAAUUUUCUUAAUAUGGAUUGGUAUUCUUUCCGCAAUCUAUCACCGCUGCAAUUUGCAUAAACUUGCCAGUAAAACUAUUAAUCCUAUAGAUUUCUGUACUCUUUAAAUGUAUUAAAUGUUUUUGCUAUUACUGUUGUUUUUCCUAUCACAUAUUGAGUUAUAAAAAAGAUCACAUUUAGGACAAGUUUGCGUUGUUCCUAUUCUCCUCUUUGUUUAUUAAAUACUGAAUGUUAUUGGGUACCGAGCCAUUCUAUUCUUACCUGCUGUUUCUGUUGUUCUGAUCUCAGGUUGUGCAUAGUAUAUAGUGAUUCAUUUCCUGUGUCAGAAAUGAGAUUUAGAUAGAUUCUUGCCGUUAGAUCCAGCCUUAUUGACAUUUAUUUGGAAAAUAGAUCUGAUCACUGAUUCAAGUACUUGGAGCGAUCCUCUAGACACUAAUCAGUCGAUAAUAUGUUCAUAAUUUUGGUAUAUGAUUUUAUGCAUUAUCAAGCCUUAAAAUUACAGGAUACUCUUUCAAACUCUGGCAGUUGACCUAUAUGCUAUUUAUAUGUUAAUAAAACCUUUGUUUAUUUACAUACCCCUACAUGGAAAACAGCCUCUUUAAUUUGAUAUGGACUUUAUGAUCAGGAGAAAUAAUUUACAGGUGGUGUUGAAGAAUGCAUUGUAUCAUGACUUCUUUUCUUCUGGUUAAUUCAGAAUUGUAUGAUUAAGAUAGUGGAUAUUACCGGGAGAUACAUUUUCUUUUUAAAACAUUCACGUACCAUACACUUUCACUUCAGACUUUCUGUAAUGAAGCAAUUAAAAUUGCUCUCUUGAAGCAAAACAAAAUUGAUUGUGUAUCUGGUGUACUGCCAUUGUUUGUUUCCUAUUGUUGUAUUUAUUUAUAAAUGUACAUAUUGACCCAUAAUGCCAGAUAACUAAAGAUCUUCCCCGUCUAGAAAAAACUAUCUCCUUCAAACCUUAACACUACAUUGUUCAGAACUCCUUACUUAUGCAAACACUUAUGUUAUCAUGAAUUAAUAUUCAUGGCAGAUUAAGAUAUAUAAAUACACCCUGACUAAAAACGCAAAUUAAUCUUGUAAAACUUACAGGAAUGAUAAGAGAAUAUGAAGUUAAAUAUUGUAUGGUGAUAUAAUUAGAUAUGGUGUGUUUAUAUUCUAUGAGAAGUAGUAAAUGUAAGCAAUCCUUAUAAUUAGAAAUAGUGUGUUUACAUUCUGUGAGAAAUUGUACAUGUAAACGAUCCUCAAACAUUGAAAUUAAAAAUGGUGUGUUUACAUUCUGUGAGAAAUUGUACAUGUAAACGAUCCUCAAACAUUGAAAUUAAAAAUGGUGUGUUUACAUUCAAUGAGAAAUCGUAAUUGUAAGCGAUCCUCGUGCAUUGUAAUUAGAAAUGGUUUGUUUAUAUUCCAUGAGAAAUUGUAUAUGUAAGCGAUCCUUAUAAUUAGAAAUGGUAUAUUUACAUUCAAUGAGAAAUUGUACAUGUAAGUUAUCCUAAGCUUGCAAUGUUAUAAUUUUGUCUUGUUUUAGUAGAUAUUCUCAUUCCAUUGACAGUUGUGUGUGUUUACCCUUGUGAUAAUAUUUAUUCAUGUUGCCACGGCAAUGAAACAUUGAUUGUGAUUCUGUGUGAAAUUGAUUGUAAUUCAUAUAUAUAUAUAUAUACAUGUGCAUAAUACAUACAUGUGUGAAUACGGUGACUUGAUCUGUACAAUAUUUACUAUGUUUACCUGCGAGUUUCUAAGGUCAUGAUAAUUUUUUUUAAGAGGACAUUAAUCUUUUUAUAUAUAAAGCAUUUUUUAUAUAGUUUAUAGUAGUGAGUAUUCUACAUUCUCUUGUUACAUACAAAUAUAUUUUAUUAACUUGUUACUUUGACCGUCAUUAUAGUGUAUCUGCCAAUAAAUCCUUGUCUGGUAAUAAGCCCACCCUCAGCUUUUGGAGUUUCAGUAGAAAUUCCAAUAGAUACUAAAAGCCCCAUGUCCCAGAAUAAAAAAAAAAGUUACAUUGGUUUGAACAGACUGGAAUUUUUUAGAAUGAGUUAAUUUUACAAAAUGUUAGUGCUACUAGCAUUAUCUAGUACACUGUCAAUUAUUUUUGUUCUAUUUUUAAUUAUUUCAUUUUUUCACAUCUUGAUAUACAGGUGCAGCGUCUGUGUUAGGAUGCAUUUGAAUAGGAUUUUUUUGUUGCGCUUAAGAUUUUGCAAAAAUCUAAUAAGAAUUGAGCAUUGUACAGCUUACACUGAGCCAGUAUCUGUACUACUGAUUCUUUUUAACUUAUCUGGUUACAAAUAUGAUCUCAAAGAUGAAUGGCCAAUACCUAGUCUAGAGGUUUAAACUCAAAGGUAAAUAUGACUUCUAAAGAGUGACAAUGGGUACUAAAAUAAGGGCUGUAAUUUCUGUUAAAACCAGAGAGAAUACUUCCAAAAGAAACAUAGAAUGGCGCUACCAAAUUUUAUCAAAACUUAAGAAAAAUCUUUAAAAAAUAAAGUAUAAAUGGUAAUUUUAUAGAGGGGUCAAACUUUGAUCAUCUCUGACAUGAAUAUCUAUAUUGAGUUUUGUUGAAACCAUUACAAGUCUGUAGAACAUCAUCAAAGAAAAGUUUUAAAAAUCAUUGGAAAUAUCCAAAUUGUGCAAUAUCAAACCUGGUCAAUGUAGUACAUCAAUGCCAAUUUUCUUUAACAUAGUAUCACUCAUAGCAGCCCACCUGGAACUUGGUUUGAAUUAGUUGAUGAAUUUAAAGAUAUAUAAACUAAUUUUUUUUUAAAUAUAAAAGUACAACAAAAGUCUUUCGGCUGAUUUGUUGAUAGAUGUGAUGAAGGAUAUCAAAUACGUUUACUCAGCAGUAACCAGGUAACAAGUGGACACCUUUUUUCUAUGUUUGUUGUAUGUCUUAAAUCACCAAUGCUGUUUAGUUUGCCCACAGUGAUAAAGUGCCAAAAAUAAAAAGUGCUUAUAUGUUAACAUGUAAUCUCUAGCGAAAAAGUUUCCCUGAUUGCUCACAGAGCUCAAAUCUGACAUGCUAUAUACCUAGGUACAGGUUUAAUUACACACAAUUAUUUCUUAAAUUAUGUUGGACAAACAUUAAUCAUGAUGUAAUGAUGAAACUACAGUUUUAACAUUGUUAGGCUUAUAGUAUGACUUGACGAAAACUGUUUUUUACAGUGUUGUAUUUGCUAGUUAACCUGUGUAUAAAUCACAAAAAGUAAUAGACACUGGCACCAAAAAAAACAACUUUCAUACUCUAUUUGAUAACCUGUUCUCUAGUAUGUGAUUUUAAUAAAAAUUACGUAAACAUACAAAUGUAUCCAGUUAAAGGUAUGUUUUAAUAUUAAGACCAUUCAUUCAUAUAUAGUUGUAUAUUAACCCUUUUUGAUAUACGACUGGUAAAUCUCAUUAUUGAUUAGAGGAGUCGUGAAGUGUCAGGUUAAUAGUCUCACAAGUAAUCUUUGUGACGUCAGUAUUGAAGACAUCAUAAGUAAUGGUGCUUUAGAUUGUAGAUUAUUUUCUGUAGAUCUAGCGGACUUAAGUUCAAUGUUGCAUUGGUGAUUGAUAAAGUAUGAUUGACUGAUAAUGACCAAUAGAGAGAUUAGUUACACCAUUUUCUGCCAUGGUUUGUUACUUUUGACAAAUUAAACCCCAUCAACUUCAAUAAAAUGAUUUCAUAUUAUUCUGACCUGUCAACUUUAACAGACCAAUAUGAAAAAGAAAAGCUGGUUGAACAUCAGAUUCAUUAAGACUAGAACUACACAGCACAGUAUGGUGAUUGAUGUCUACAGCUUCAGUGAAUAUUGACAUCUAUAACCUUCAGAUUUUGAUGUUUAACCUAUCUUUUAUGUUGGCCAUUAGGCUUAUCAUCAUUUUCAGGAUUACAAAUAGUCAUAGUUACUUCAGCCAAAGAUGAUAGUACAUUGUAGCAUGUAUCCCUGUAGACAAAUGUAUAUUGUAAUCUCAUACACAACAAAAUGACUACCAUCAGAAGAUUAUGUUUCUGAAGAAACUGAGAAGCAGACCACUCUGUGCCGUUUUGGUUGUGUUUUUUUAAAGAAGACAUUUUUUUCUCUAAUUUCUCAAGGUGACAUGUGGCGGGGUAUUGAGAAGGUUUGUCACCACCUCCUACUACUAGGAGAUCCCUCUUAAAGAUUUUUAAAAAACUGAAAGUUUUUUUAUAAGCUGAUUUGAAUAUACUGUGUCAAAAGUUGACCUUAACAUUGUCUAAAUCCCUAUGUUAUUACAUUGGGACUUGUAACCUUACAACAAAAAAAUUAUUUUUAUGGUCAAUUUCAUAGUAAUGAUGUUUAAUAAACACUAAAAAAAAAAUUAUGAAGAAGUAAUUUAUGACUAAUUAGAACUGCUGAUUAAUUGAUUAUUAUACUGAAUAACAUGAUCAUAUUGUUGUGAAGUAGAGUUACCUUAGGACAAAUAUAUAACUACUGUGAAUGUUGCCAGUAUAUUUACACAGGCCAAUGUGUUCCACUUUGAUUCAUACAUAGAUUAAUUUCUGUUCACAUCAGAUGUAUCAUAGUCAUUUUUAUUUUGCAUUAUAUAGAUUAACAUUUUACCUUAUCAUGAUACUAAUUCUACAAUUGUGACCCAUAUCAUAUGGUUUUGGAAGUGUUGUGUCUAAAACAUUUUUUUUUUAAUUACAAUGUAUUUAUGAUAGUAAAAUUUAUACAGAUGUAUGAUAAUAUGUAAAUUACAACAUUUUAUUUACCUUAUUGUUAUAUACAAACAUUUAUGUACAAGUCAAUAUUUCUGCUUUUGAUCAAAUUUUUCUUCAAAUUUCUACUAUUUCCAUGACACAGAGUAUAUCUCAUUCCAAUAUAAACUUCCUAUUCAUAAUUUUCCAAAAUAUACAUCUCGGAUCUUUCAAUAUGUUAGAACGCUGUAUGUGACCUCUGGGUCCUAUUUGUACAUUUCCUUAUUAAACUGUACAUUACCCACAAUCCAGUUAGCUUUCCUUACUAGAGACAAAACUUUCCUUUUUACAUAGAUUUCAAUUCAAAACACAUUACAGGGGUUACAUGAUAAUUAAGUGAAUAUUUUGGUUUGAUUGGAAUACAUAAUGCAUGUUCAAAAUGUGGAGAAUCAUUGACAUUUUCCCUCGCUUCCUUUUUUCUGGGAGGAGGUGGAAGAGUGAUAAUUAUGAUAAAAAAAGCUAUGUAAAAAUCUUUUUGUUUUUUUUUUUUAACUGUAUCAUGUUCUUGCCACUUGUGUUGCAUUUUAAAAGCUGUUGUUUUAUGUUUCCUAUUUUUCCCUCAACAAGAUCAUCCUUAAUUCUGCUGCAUGUAUGAAUAUUUAUAGCCAAAUUAAGGUAAGAUUGCAAAAGUUGAAUACACCAGUAUGACUUCCAUAGGAUGUUUUUGUUGUAUGAUAAUGAAUUGUAGAAGAACUUUGCAUCAUUCCUUUUUAUUUUCUUGAGUAGCGUUUCCAUUACCAAAAAACAAAAGAAGUGUACCAUUGUUUAUUGUAAAACCAGGGCCAUGGUGGUUGAGUGACUAAGGCAUCUGAUGACUAGCCCUCUAUCUCUUGGUCACAGGUUCGUGACCUACCUGAGGCAGUGGUGGCCAUAGGGCAAUGGUUUUUUUCUGCAGGAACUCCAUGGCAUUUUUGUUGGGUCCUAUUUUCCCUUUUGUUUUCAAAACUGAAAAGAAUUUGAAAAAAGAUACUUAAUCCAAUGGAAGAAACUUUGGGCUGUAGACAACAUCCAUCUUGUUUCAAGCUCAUGUUAAAAAUAGAAAACUUAAACGGUCGUAAAUAUCAACCGUUACAGUAUACAAUGGGUUUUCAACAAAUUCCUCUGCUGUUCACCAUGCUGCUUUCACUUUUGGCAAUUUCCAAUUUAUUUAAGAGAUCCUUUUUCUUGCUAAAAUGUUUCCUAUAUGGUACUGUCGCAAUGCUGAUGAUGAAUUUUCAAUGAUUUAAGCAAUGUUGUGUUCUCCUUAUUCUGUACCUGUAUGAAAUACUGAGUGAAAGAAUACAUAUUCAGUGUGUUUUUAUUGGUAGGAAAAAAGUAAAUGAAUGGUUUGUAGGGUUAGGAUUCUGCUGAUUUUGAAAUAUGAAUGAAAAAAUGUAUGAUCAAUUAUAGGAAUUAAACAGUUGAAUUUUUUAUCCUUU